CUGUGAAAUGUCCCGGAUGAGGUUGAGUCACCCGCGUUGACGUCACUCGAGCUCUGAAAAUGGCUGAGUUGGAAGAGGAGGUGGAUGUCUUGGUCCAGAGAGUUGUGAAAGAUAUCAAUAACGCCUUUAAAAGAAACCCGAACAUUGAUGAAAUUGGCCUCAUUUCGUGCCCCGAAGCCCGGUACAACAGAAGCCCCAUCGUCUUGGUGGAGAAUAAGCUGGGAGUGGAGAGCUGGUGUGUCAAGUUUCUGCUGCCCUAUGUGCAUAAUAAACUCCUGCUGUACAGGCAGAGAAAGCAGUGGCUCGAUCGGGAAGCACUGGUAGAUAUAACCUGCACAUUGCUUCUCCUAAACCCAGACUUUACCACUGCGUGGAAUGUCAGGUACAUUUUCAACAUGCUUGUAUUACCUGAACAAAACAACAAAAAAAAACAUUUUACUGAACUAACUAACCCUUUCACAUACUUUCUGAAUGAUUAUAUGCACAUCUGUGGUGAACGCAGGCGCUGGGUGUUACAGUGGCUGCAGAAGGAGUGCUCUCCUUCUGGACAAGAACUGAAGGAUCAGGCUGAACCCAGAGGAGACGCUGUGAGGAGGAGACAGUGCGAGCGGCUGCAAAGAGCCUUGCAGGAGGAGAUGAGGGUCUGUGCAGACGCAGCCGGCCGUUACCCCAGCAACUACAAUGCAUGGUCCCAUCGCAUCUGGGUAUUGCAAAACAUGGCUAAAGGCAAUCUGAAGGUUCUGCAUGAUGAGCUGUCCUCCACCCGACUGUGGGUGUCCAUGCACGUGUCAGAUCACAGCGGCUUCCACUACCGUCAACACCUGCUCAAGGCCCUGGCCAGAGAGCUGAGCCAGGUUGGAGAGACGGAGCUCCACCCCACCCAGCAGCCUAAUGGAGAGAGCACAGCGGGCGCGUCUGAUGACAAUCACCAUAAUGACGUCAUCCCUCAGCUCUUCCACGAGGAGAUGGAGCUCUGCACUGAUCUCAUCGAGUCAUAUCCAGGCCACGAGACGCUGUGGUGCCACAGGCGACAUGUCUUCUACCUGUGGCACCAGUGGCGGAGGGAGCACCUCCAGGAGGCAGGGUCACAAUCUCCACCUCUCACCCACAUUGACGUCCUGCUCAGCGAGGAGCCCUGUGAUGAAGCCAGUGCUUCCCAGGCCAUGGACGUGGACUGUGUUCUGGAUGGGAGCAAACAUGGAAGCUACACGCAGGACACCAAGCGACUAAAGCGGGGACCCCGGCUUCCCCACCCCGGACUUCCCUCCGAGCACACGUUUGUCUCUAGAAUCCUCACAGGCUGCCGGAGCCCCGAGCAAAGCUGCUUUGCCAUUGCCUACAGGAAGUGGCUGGACUCAGUUAUAGGUCAGUAGCGUGAGAAACACUCCACCCACCAUGAUGUGGGAGAGCUGUGAUAGGUCAACUUAUUUCUGGCUCCAACCGCCCACACCCGCUUCUCUGAAAACGGCUGGACUUCUUGGCCGGUUUGUCAGAGAUGCUCUGCCGGAGCAAAUUCCCGCUCAUGAUGAAAACCCAUGACCCGUCUCCGCAGUCUAAGCCUGGUCUGUUUCAGCUGCUUUAGUUCAGGUACUGGAUAUCUCAGGUCUGUUUUCAGUGUACAAUCCUUUUCUCUAUCAGAAGCUACAAGUUUGUAUUUUUUUUUUCAUAUAGUUUGGUUGGUUUUUAUGUUGUUUAAAGUCUUCCACCACAAAUCAAUAAUAGUAUGCUCUCCUCAUGCUGUCUGCAGUUUUAUGAUUCCUGUCGGGAAUCUUAAACGCACACUGUGGUGCACACUUGAAGGGAACACUUAGAGCCCAAAGUGAUUCUGACCCAGUUUCCCUCUUUGUUUAAUUGAGGGCAGACUGGCUCUGAAUUCCAUCUACUGCUCCUCUUUGGACUUUUGUACUAAAGCAUGAAAAUUUUUUCAAUGAAUACCUAGAAGUUUUGCUACAAUCAGUAACGUGAGCACAAUCAUUGAAUUUAAAGUUUCCUGGAGGCAUUUAAUAUGAAAUAUUAGGGCUAAACACAGACAUUUUCAUGAGUUUUAAUAAUCUUAAAUAAAUAAACCGAUAACUGCACAUGAAAUUGACCGUUUCUAGGUGCUCUCCUCAUUCAAGUGAGUAUUUGUAUUAUAUGACAUAACUGUUGCAGGGUCAGCAUUUCUUCAGUUCAUGCAGAUGAUUCUUGGGCGUUUGAGAAUAAAUGUUCCUAAAGCACAUCAUCAUCAUCAUCACUCAUUAGAAUAACAAAGGCCACGUUGUCACAUGGACUAGCCUCAGCAUUUAAGCACUAGUUUUGGGUUAUAGUUCAUCCAGGUGGUCUCACAGAUGCAUGGGUUUUCAUGAUGAAAGGGAACUGCAGAAGCGGGAAUAGGCUUUUCUCAGCUUGGCCCAAGCGUGGCUGCAGAAAUAACAUGAUGCCACGUUCAAGCCCAUCUGGUGCAGAAUGGUGCUUAUUCUCUGCGCCGGGGGAGUGUGGACCCCUGAGGGGCCUGGGUUUACAAAUGCUGCUUUUUGUUUAACACUAUUUUGAACUUAAAGUAUAUUUAUGCAAAUAUGAAAAGUGAAUUGUUGUUAGCUUCACUUAUGUGAUUUAUUAAAGAUAAUAAGCUAUUAGACGGUUAUGGUUGACUCACUGUUACUCAGUAAUUAUUCAACUUGUAAUAAACUUUGAAGUUUCACAGGCUCAGUCGUGCAUUGACAACUUAAUUCAUUCACAGCUUAGAGUAGGUUGUGAAAAUCUGAUUCGAUUUGAUUAGAUCUCGCUCUUAAAUCAAGGACAAUGCCCAUUCUACAUAUGCAAAAACUAUUCUAGUUAGGUGAAGUCAUUUUAACAUUCUAGGAAAGCUUAUAUGAAUCAUGUCUUUCAGCACAUCUAUAAGACUUGCACAGUUCGAUCUUAAGUUUCACUUCAUAAGUCUACUACUCCUUUUUUUUUUUUUUUUUUUUGCACAGUUGCACAAGAACUAGAUUUAUGAAAGUAGUUGAGUUAUGUAACUUCUAGACUGACUCUCGGACUUUAUAAAGGGCCAUGUCAGUGUGGUUUUCUGCAUGUCUUGGACCCUGACUUUUU